AUGGGCGACUCAUAUGAUUCAGAUCCCAUGAACAGAGUCUUUAAUGUGCUAAGAAAUACCCAUCCUCUGUUGUUCAUCCACUCUAUUUACAUAAAUCCUGAUGAUUCAAAAGACCAAGAGGACUCGUUUUUUGGAAAUGUUAAUAAUCACUUGGAGAUUGCUUGUGAACAAAUUAGCCAAAUCAAAGAGUUGCAAAACGGCUUUGACUGCAUUGGUUUCUCUCAGGGUGGCCUCUUUAUUAGAAGCUUGAUAGAAACUUGUCAGUUCAUGGACAACAAAGUUAACAAUUUAAUUACCUUUGGCUCUCCUCACACCGGUGUUAGUGAUUUACCCACUUGUAAAGACAAUGAUUGGAUAUGCAAGCAAAGAAACCAGUUUUUGAAAAAACAAGUUUGGAGAGAAAACAUACAAACAAAUAUCGUAUCUGCUCAAUACUUCAGAGACCUCUACAAUUACGAAACUUAUCUUUCUCACUCAAAAUUUAUCGUCUACUUGAAUAAUGAACUACCUGGUCACACCAACACAACCUACGCACAAAGAUUGUCUUCAAUUAAUGGUAACUUUGUCAUGGUGAUGUUUGAGAAAGACACCAUUUUAGUCCCCAAACAAAGCGCAUGGUUCCAAGAUGAAGAUAUCUCAACAGGAAACAUGAUCGAAUUGGUCGAUACCGACCUAUACAAUGAAGAUUGGCUAGGUAUUAAGAAAUUGGAUGAAAAUCACCAAUUAAGAUACCUAACAAUUGAUGAUGAACAUAUGGUCAUUUCUGAUGAUUUUUUAACUUUUAUCGCUGAAAAUUAUCUUGGUUGA